AACUGGCCGCACGACGGCCACGACGGCCCCGAGGGCGAGGACUUCGCACCCACGGGGGAGGCGGCCGUGGACAGCUACCCCAACUGGCUCAAGUUCCACAUCGGCAUCAACCGGUACGAGCUGUACUCCAGGGACAGCCCCGUGGUCGAUGCCCUGCUGCAGGACCUGGGCGCCCAGAAGAUAACCAGUGUGGCCAUGAAGUCGGGGGGCACUCAGCUCAAGCUCAUCAUGACGUUCCAGAACUACGGGCAGGCCCUGUUCAAGCCCAUGAAGCAAACGAGAGAGCAGGAGACACCCCCUGACUUUUUUUAUUUCUCUGACUACGAGAGGCACAAUGCGGAGAUCGCUGCCUUCCACCUGGACAGGAUCCUGGACUUCCGCCGCGUCCCCCCCGUGGCCGGCAGGAUGGUCAACAUGACCAGGGAGAUCCGGGACGUCACGCGGGACAAGAAGCUGUGGAGGACCUUCUUCAUCUCCCCAGCCAACAACGUGUGCUUCUACGGGGAGUGCUCCUACUACUGCUCCACGGAGCACGCCCUGUGCGGGAAGCCGGACCAGAUUGAGGGCUCGCUGGCAGCCUUCCUGCCGGACCUGUCCCUGGCCAAGAGGAAGACGUGGCGGAACCCGUGGCGACGCUCGUACCACAAGCGCAAGAAGGCAGAGUGGGAAGUGGACCCCAACUACUGCAACGAGGUGAAGCAGACGCCCCCCUACGACCGCAGCCGCCGCAUCCUGGACAUCAUGGACAUGACCAUUUUCGACUUCCUCAUGGGGAACAUGGAUCGCCAUCACUACGAGACGUUUGAGAAGUUUGGGAACGACACCUUUAUUAUCCACCUGGACAACGGGAGAGGGUUUGGAAAAUAUUCCCAUGAUGAGCUUUCCAUUCUGGUGCCUUUACAACAGUGCUGCAGGAUCCGGAAGUCCACCUACCUGCGGCUGCAGCUGCUGGCCAAGGAGGAAUACAAGCUGAGCCUGCUGAUGGCUGAGUCGCUGCGGCAGGACCGGGUGGCGCCGGUGCUGUUCCAGCCGCACCUGCAAGCCCUGGACCGGCGGCUGCGCCUGGUGCUGCAGGCCGUGGGCGCCUGCGUGGGCAAGGAAGGGCUGGGCCAUGUGGUGGAGGACGACCCCCCCUGGACCCUGGGCACAGAGGCUCCACCGACAGGUAGUGACCACAGCCGCCGGCUGGUGCCGGGGACGGACACGAUGCCCCAGCUGACUCGGCCGUGGGGUCCUCCAGCUGUGGGUCCGCAGGAUGCGUUUCAUUCGCUUUCAAGACAAAGCGGCUGUGGAGGGAGCACGCGGCUGUGGACGGACAGAGGCAGCCUGGCGGCAGGCGACCACCCUUUUGUACGGAAGGGAAGCCUUUCCUUACUGUUUUGUAUUUAUACACAGAUGAUAUGUAUAUAAACAGAGACGCCGGCACAGACCCGCAACUCACGCGGAGAGCCACCCUCUGCCCGGCUCCCCGCCAAGGCCCUUGUGCUCUGGACUUAACUUAAAACUAAAACUCUCCGUCCCCCCUUCCCGGCCGCACGGGAGGCCCUCCGAGACGCCUGCUCCUGAGGCCAGCAGGACUCGCGUGGACGGACGGACACUCACAUGUUCUCGGUGACGAAAUGACCAGCUAUUAUUUCUCGGUGCCGCCCACCAAUGCCCGGUACCUCCCGGGAGGCGGCCAAGGGCGCAGCUCAGCUUCCGUGGAGACUCGUGUGAGCGUGUCGCCCGGGCUCCGACCCCCGGUACAUUCUUGAGGAAUAUUUGCAAUGUGGUGAACGUGCAAUAAAGAUACAGCAGAUGUG